AUGGAACAUUCGAGUGCAUCUCAGACCCAUCUUUCUCGUCCUUUGCGCUUCUCUAUUGGCUUGUUAGCACGCCGACUUAGUCGGCCCUCCUUCGUCCCACUGGCGCCUCUAGUGGCCGAGCCACUGGUUGACACCCAAGCCGGUGCCUGGGCCAAAACCCACCUGGCAAAUCGUCAAGGUCUUUUUGGACACCUUCCAGAGAGUCAACUGGAACUUGGCGGACCUAGUGAUCUUCUGGCUCUUUCACAAAAUUUUGGACUUCUCUUCAUCGGUGAAACUUUCUCUUGUCAUAUUAGUCUUCACAAUGACUCGCCGUAUGAGUGCAGAAAAGUCGUGCUCAAGGCCGCCGUACAAGGCACUCGUGAACACACUCCUUUGGCUAUCCGUGGGUCCUCAGCAGGCCAAUUACCUACCGUUGUUGAAGGUGGAGGUGCAAGUGGGUGGACCGCUGCUGAGGGAUGUCGACUUCGGCCGCAGGAGAACUUCAACGCUGUCAUUCAGCAUGACUUGAAGGAGAUGGGUGCCAACACAUUGCUGUGCACGGUUACCUACGAGGUGCGUUUGCCGGUUUCAGCAUUGCAAGGUUCGAUUAUAGUUCCAGGGGGAUUUCAACUUCCCUCUGGUCCUUUGGUUACUGGGAUUCCUGCUCCAAAAAUGAUGGAACACUAUCUCAGAGAGAUUACUACUCAACGGCUUCGAUUCUCGCCGCCGGGUAUGUCGGAGAGUGCCACUGUCCACUAUUUCUCCUCUAUGUCGGAGAGUGCCACUGUCCACUGUUUCCCCUUUGUUUCCACUGUCCACUGUUUCUCCUUUGUUCGAGCUUUGAGUUCGUUGUCUAAACUCAGCAACGGCUUCGAUUCUCGCCAGCCGGGUAUGUCGGAGAGUGCCACUGUCCACUAUUUCUCCUCUAUUCGGAGAGUGCCACUUGGUCUGGAAUUCUCUCCUGAUUAA